AUGCCGGUGGCACAGCUCCCGUUCGGCAAUCUCACUAGUUGCCGGCAGGUGGUGCUUGGCAACGUUGACAUUGUUGCGUUCUCCUUUGAUUGCUUAGACAGGUGGCAGGAAGCGCAGAUGCUCUUUCGUCAGCUUGACGUGUUUGGAAUGGAGCCCAACAUUAUCACCACCAACGCGCUGACGAGCUCACUCGAGCGAGGUCGGCAAUGGCACCUGGCACUUUGGUUCUUGAGGCCUGGCGUGGAAGCGGACGCCAUCACUCUCAGCAAGGCUAUAGACGCAUGCGAAGCAGCAGCAAAGCUGUCACAGCUGCGACGGCAGCUGCUUCGCUUGGAGCUGUUGCUUGAAAGGCGUCCCCCUUUUAGCACAGAAAUUCCAAUGCCACAGUGCUCCGGCAAUGCGGACUUCUUCGGCGAGCUUCAAAACUUGCAUGUCUUUACCGCUUCGUGGCAACGGGAUUGGCAGCGUGCACUUCUCCUGGUGGCCGAAAUCACUGAGCAGUCCUUGCAGACAACAGUCGUUACGCCCCUCGGCAGACUGAGUGAGAAGGCGCGAAGCUGGCAGCAAGCCCUGGCCAUCCUGGAGGCCAUGCGCCUCAAGCGCGUGGAAGAAGACUUGAUCACCUACAGCUCGACCAUCAGCGCCUGUGAGAAAGCCUUCCAGUGGCCUGAGGCCUUACGACUUUUAGCUGACUGCUCCGCGACCUUCUUGGAGCUGGAUUUGAUCACGUACAACGCGGUUCUCAGCGCCUGCGAAAAGCCUGGAGAAUGGCAGCUCGUUCUGGUACUCAUGGACGAGCUCAAAGAUUUACAGCUACAGGCAGAUGUGAUUACGCACAAUGUCGCCAUCAGCGCGUGCGAAAAGGCCGGCCAGUGGGAGCCAGCACUUUCCUUACUUGCGAAGCUAGAAGACUCCGGUCUGGUCCCAGACGUGGUGACUUACGGAGCUUCCAUCAGCGCCUGUGAGAAGGCCACCCAGUGGCCCCAAGCCCUACAUCUUCUCGAGGAGGCCGAGGCAGCUGACCGAGUGAAUAUCAUCAUCGUCAGUGCAGCCAUCAGCGCCUGUGAGAAAGGCGGUUGCUGGCAGAUUGCUCUGGCCUUGCUGAAGCAGGCGAAGGCCAGGCUUCGGCCGGACACCAUUAUGUACAGUUCGGUGAUCAGUGCUUGUGGGCGCUCCUUUCAAUGGCAGCAGGCUUUGUGCGUGUUGCAAGAAGUGGAGGUGGUGCAGCUUCUUCCAGAGCUCGUCUUGUACAAUGCAGCAAUCACAGCCUGUGAGAAGAGCGAGAAAUGGCAAACUGCACUACAUCUCUUGAGCAAGUUGAUGGUUCAGGGGCUGCAAGCGGACGUGGUGACUUACAGCGCCGUCGUGAGUGCCUGCGACAAAGCUGGCGAGUGGGAGCUUGCUCUUCGGUUCCUCAACUUGAGUCGCAUGCGCAGUCUCCGCCCGAACGCUUUCACAUACGGCGCAGCCAUUAGCGCGUGUGCCAAGCAAGCCAGCUGGACACUGGCAGUCGCGCUUUUCCAGGAAUUCCAAGACAGCCAGCUACCUCCCAAUGAAAUGAUUUGGGGUUCCGUCAUUUCCGGCGUUGAGAAGGGAGGUAAAUGGCAGCAUGCAUUGGUGCUUUUGGAGCAAGGCGUUAUCCAGGCUUUGUCAUUGGAUGCCGUUGCUUACUCUUCAGCCGUACGGGCAUGUGCUGGGGCCCAUCGAUGGCAGCAAGCUGCGGACCUCCUUGGGCAAUUGGAGCGGCGAGAUCCAAGCUCUCUGGCCGUGGCGCUCAGCUUUGCCAUUGCUGCCUGCCAGAGCUCAUUGGCUUGUACUGCAGGACUACGGCUCCUGGAUAAACUCGCACCAAGUUUGGGCGGUGGCUACCUACAGCCAGAACUGAGAGCCUCGGAAUGA